AUGAUUGCUUUUCUCAGAGUUGCUGAUGCCGCUGAAGACGAUGAUCCAGAGCUUAAAGUCUGGAUUAAGCAAGUCCGGGAUGUUGCUUACGAAACUGAAGACAUUAUUGAUGGUUUCAUGCUCCAACUCCACCGAAAAAAUGACUGUUGUUGUAGUGGAGUUUGUGAUUUUCUCGGGAAAUUAUUUUGCUCUGUACGAAAUCUGAAAACCCGAUAUGAAACCGCUGCUGAAAUCCAAAGCAUUAAAUCAAGAAUGACGGAGAUCGCGGAGGGACAUAGGAGAUAUCGUUACAAGUUCAAUGUUGCAGAGGAAGGAUCAGCUUCAGGUUUUGGCAGUAACCACGGGAUCGAUCCUCGAGUUGACGCACUUCUGUUGGAAGAAACCAAGCUUGUGGGGAUUGAAAACCCGAAAAAACAGAUAAUCCCAUGGCUUGUGGAGGGGGAAUCACGGCUUAAGGUGGUUUCGGUGGUGGGGAUGGGAGGUUUGGGGAAAACCACUCUGGUUAAGAAGGUGUAUGAUGAUUCUGUUGUGAAGAAACAUUUCCAAAACCAUGCGUGGAUUACAGUUUCUCAGUCAUUCGAGGUGGAGGAGCUCUUGAAAGACUUGAUUCAGCAAUUGUUUCAUCAGAUGAAGCAAUCUCCACCAGAAAAUUUGAGUACCAUGAAUGUUAAUAGGCUCAAAGGGAUAAUCAAAGAGUUCUUGCGGGAAAGAAGGUACUUGCUUGUAUUUGAUGAUGUUUGGAGCAUUCAAUCAUGGGAAUAUAUCAAAUACAUGUUACCUAAUGAGAAUUGUGGCAGUCGAGUAAUCUUGACAACGCGGCUCAUUGAUGUAGCUUCAUCUUGCAGCAAAGAAACUGAUGGCCAUGUGUAUGAAUUGAAUCCUUUGUCUGAAAAGGACUCCUGGACUCUAUUUUCCCAGAAGACAUUUAUGGGGAACCCCUGCCCUACACACUUGAUUGAAAUUUGCAAUAACAUCUUAAAAAGAUGUGGAGGGUUGCCACUUGCUAUUGUAGCAAUUAGUGGGGUAUUGUCUACUAAGAAGGAGACGAGCAUUGAUGAAUGGAAAUUGUUGAAUUGGAGCCUUGGUUCCGAAUUGGAAGGAAAUGAUGUACUCGAGAGCAUGAGAAUCAUUUUGUUGCUCAGUUUCAACAAUUUGCCAUACUAUCUCAAACCAUGUUUUUUGUACUUGAGCAGUUAUCCAGAGGAUCAUCAGAUCGAACACAAUACGCUAAUUAGACAGUGGAUAGGAGAAGGUUUUGUGAAAUGCAAAGAGGGAAAGACAAUAGAAGAAGUCGCACAAGGAUACAUCAACGAGCUUGUCAACAGAAGUUUGCUAUUUCCUGUGAAGACUAAUGAUGAUGGAAGCGUCAAAGUGAGCUGUAUCCAUGACUUUUACCGCGAGAUUAUUCUUUUGAAAUCAAGAGAUCAGAAUUUUUUGACCACCAACAAUGAGCAAAACAUGAUUUGGCCUAGAAGAGUUCGACGCCUCUCAGUCCAUGGAACUUUGAGAAAUACAGAAAUCGAAAGGUAUGGCACGAGACUCUGCUCGUUUCUUUCAUUUCGUGUGGAAGAUCACAAAUCCAUUUUGAGCAUUCUCCAGUUGCUUAAAAGCUGUAAAAUUCUGAAAGUUUUAGAUUUGAGAGGAGUUCCUCUGGAAAAUUUCCCGGAGGCUAUACUCUACAUGUUUCAUUUAAGGUAUCUAAGCUUGAGAAACACCAUGAUCAAAAGGCUUCCAAGAUCUAUUAAGAAGCUCCAAAAGCUAGAGAUAUUGGAUCUUAAGGAGACAUUCAUAAAUGAGUUGCCAAUUGAGAUUCUAGAGCUCCAAUAUCUUCGCCAUCUUUUAGUAUAUCGGCAUGUACCAGGCUCAUAUCUACCUUAUGAUUAUGUACAUGGUUUCAAAAUACUCAAAGGAAUGGGUAGUUUGAAAUUCUUGCAGAAACUUGGCGUUAUUGAUGCAUAUCCAGGAAGCGUAGCACUGAAAGAAUUAGCGAUGAUGACUGAACUGAGGAGAGUUAGCAUUACAAAGUUGAGAACUGAAGAUGGAGUAGCUCUAUGUUUGUGCAUUGAGAAGCUUCAAAAUCUGUGCUCAUUAGGUCUAAGAUCAGUAGAGGGAGAUGUCCUUGAUCUUAGUCACCUGUCUUCUCCUCCUCUCUCCCUUCAACGGCUAUAUUUGACAGGGCGAUUAGCAAAAUUUCCACAUUGGAUACAAUCUCUUCAAAGCCUGGUUAAGGUAUACUUCAGAUGGAGUCAAUUAAGGGAUGAUCCACUAGAAUAUCUCCAAGAUUUACCUAAUCUUGUCCACCUCGAAUUUCUUGCAACUUAUGUGGGAGAGAAACUGUCUUUUAAGGCUGGAAAGUUUCAGAAGCUGAAAUUACUAGGGCUUGACAAAUUAGAACCCUUAAGAUGGGUGAUAAUUGAAGAGGGUGCCAUGCCUUGUUUGGAGAAACUGAUCAUUCAGCGAUGUAACUCAUUGAAGGGUGUACCUGAUGGAAUAGAACGUCUCUCUAACAUGAAAGUUCUUGAAUUUUUCGACAUGCCUGAUGAAUUUGUCGCACCACUUUCUUUAGAAAAACAUGGUGGGGAGUACUGGAAAAUUGCACAUAUUCCUCAAGUGUAUCAUACAUACUGGAGGAAUGGGUGCUGGGAAGUAUAUCCAUUAGAUGGAAAGCAGACAAAUGAGCAAUCUGGACAACCUAAAAAUGCCAUUGUUAGGACACAGGAACAAAGGAACUGGUUGUAA